AUGGAUAGAUAUGAAUUUAAAGUGAAACUCGGUGGAGAUAGGUGUGUUAAGAUGUUUUUGAACUCAAUUGAGAUGAAAACGUUAGAUUUUCACUCACUUAUGCAAAGAAUUUUGGAAAGAGUUCCGAGUCUUUGUGGCAAAGAAGUUGCAUUAAAGUAUUUGGAUGACAGAGAGGACUGGGUUGACCUUCCAAUCGGAGAUCUUGAUUCAUUUAUUGAUAUGGUCGAAACGGCAAGAAACUCAACUCGCGAAAACCUAAAAAUUAUUCAACUUAAAGUGAAUGAGUUAGCUAACACACCACAAGAUGGCGCAAAGCACGGCGUUUCACAAAAGCGUUCUCGAGUUUCUCCGUCUCCCUCUCCAAAAUCCGCGGACGCUGUAUUAGUACACAUGGCUAAAAAGUCAAGACCUCUGUCAGCCGCGAAAUGCCUUGAGUUUGAUAAUACCACCACUGAGACAGCUGAUAAAAUAUACCGGUCUCCCGCUGAUAAGUUCUUUGAUAAACUUUCGAAAGACAAGGACAAUGUAGAACAAAAUGUCGCAAAGAAGCAACGUGAAUUAUCUGAACUUCAAAAUAGCUGUAAACCACUAACUGGCGCCACCGUGGAAGGCAAGAAGGCGUCUUUAUGCUCAGUUUGCCAUUCAGCGGGACAUAAUAAAUCUAUUUGUUCAUUCCCUCCUUGUUCUUCUGCGACAAUAUGUAAAGAAAUCAAACGGCACCCAGAUGAGGAGAAAUAUAUUAAACAAAUACAGUCUGAGUUGAAAGUUUUAAAUGGGAAAUUAAAGCAACUAGAAAACGAUCUUACUUCCAAGAAAGAAUCCUACGCCUCAGCUCUCAACACAUUUGCUGCCAAAGUGCAAGCAAAUCUAAUUAACAGCAAUCCUGAUAAAUACCUUAGGAAAACUAUCGCUGGAGACAACGUACCGAACUGGCUAGUCGUGAAUACAGAUAUUCGAAAGCUUGAAAGAGUGUGUAAGGGAAAAGUUCCAGAUAUUGGAGAAAUUCAGAACUUACUAUUACGAAAGUCACCGAACUGUGGAAUCGCAUCAAAAAUUCGUAUAUCGACCACUCCCACAAACGUCUACGACCACGCCUACAUUCGACUACAUAGUUUUGCAUGUUUACAAUUCUAAUUUUGAACAGCCAAUCAGGUUCUUGGUAAUUGGCUGUUUAAAAUUAGAAUUGUAAACGUGCAAAACUAUGUAGGCGCGGUCGUAGACGUUUGUGGGAGUGGUUGACAUACGAAUUUUUGAUGCGAUUCCACAGUUCGGUGACUUUCGUAAUAACCAAGUACGAAGCAGGAUUUGAUGUUUUUAAUGAAACUGUGAGCGAACAGUCAACACAACGUGAACAUGUAAAUCCAGUGGUCAAGCUUUGGGAACAGAAAGGAAUAAAAUUUCCAGGGAAAGGCGUACUUCCGAACAGCACUUAUUCUACUAGCAGUCAAGUAAUUCCUUCUACAGCAUCAGGGCAAUAUUUCCCCGCUACUUUGGAGGAAGAGAAUUACCACAUUAAAAUAGGAAUUGAACAAAGUUUGCAAUCAUUGCCAUUAUCGGAUAUGCACACCGUCGCUGGGAUACCCGCGAUUAGUUGUACUGGUCGCUCUGAGCGCCAUGAUUUCGUUGAAGAAUCCGAGGAAGAAACAGAUUACGGACUUUCGCUACUUUUUAAGGCAGCACAAUUAAUGAGCGAAUAA